CCCACUACUUAAACCCAGCUUCUCCUCUUCUUAUCUUCAUUCUUCACUUUUUCAAAAAUACCUUAAAACCCUUCUUUCUUAUUCCUUCGACUUCGAGAUUUUCUUAAACCCUUAUCUUUUUUUUGAGAUUUUCCUAAUUACCACUCUUAAGUUUCCCAAAGCAGUCAUAACCCUGGUCAAGUAGUUCAUUUUUUUUUUGAAGAAAUGUGUGGCGGUGCUAUCAUCGCUGAAUUCAUCCCUCGGAAUCGUGGCCGCCGCGUCACCGCUUCUGACCUCUGGCCUUUCGCUAAAAUCAAUGGCUUUAGCUCUGAUCUGAGUCAACCCAAACCUGAUGAUUCAUUCUCCCACUUCAAAAGACCCCAACCCCAACCAUCCUUAGGUGAUGAGCAAGUGGAGAAGAAAGCAAAGAGGCAGAGGAAAAACUUGUACAGAGGCAUAAGGCAACGACCCUGGGGCAAAUGGGCAGCAGAGAUUCGCGACCCCAGGAAAGGUGUUCGUGUUUGGCUCGGCACUUUCAACACCGCCGAAGAAGCAGCCCGAGCUUACGACAGAGAGGCCCGCAAAAUCCGGGGCAAGAAGGCCAAAGUUAAUUUCCCCAACGAAGAUGACGCCUUCUCCACCGAAUAUAAUCUCAAGCACUCCAACAACCAUCAAAUAAAUAAUAACCAUAACUCAGCUGCUGGCUGGAAUCCCAGCCCUAACUCAAAUCCCUCUAUUUACCAACAGCCCAGUAAUAAUAAUCUCAGCAAUUAUGGAUUCAAUUAUGACUUGAACCAAAUUGGCGGUUAUGCAACUGACCGGAUUGUUAUAUCUGGAGAGGAAAAUUCAGGGUCUGGAUCAGAAGGGGUCAACUCCGGUGAUCAGAAUGUGAAUUUUCGUUACGUCCCAAUGAAAGCGGAAGAAGAAGAGAAACGAGAAGCGCCAGUGAAUGAGGCCGUGGCGGAAGUUCAAGACGAUGAUAUCGAAGUGCAGAAACUGUCUGAGGAACUCAUGGCGUACGAGAAUUACAUGAAAUUCUAUCAGAUUCCGUAUCUGGAUGGGCAAUCGGCAACCCAAAAUGCCGUAGCUCCGCAGGAGAGUGUUGUCGGCGAACUUUGGAGCUUUGACGAUGAUGGCAUUGCUGUACCUGUGACAUCAUCAACGGCUAUGUGAACGACGUGUGUUUACUGGUUUUUUGUUUUUUUUUUAACUUGGUUGAUCUUUGGGUGGUGUAAAUUGGGUGGGAAUCGAUGAUUUUGGUCAUUAGUUCUUACUUUGUUUUCCUUAAUGAUGUAAGCUUAAUUUUGUGAAUUAGGACUAGACGAACUUCCAUAUAAUUCUCAAAUUUGUUUCUUUGUGUUCAAAAUUAUGAAAUACAAUUUUUCUUGAAUGUUUUUCA